AUGCUGGCAUCCCUCGUCCGCCGCUCUCAACUCCAUGUGACGCCCUUGUAUACACGUGCUGGAUCAUCACUCAUGUCGGACGUACACGGUACAACCCACGGUAAAAAGCACUGGAAAAACAAGCCGCUGUUUCGUCGCGGAGGUGACAAACGAUUCCGCAAUGGUCAAGAGGCUGCCGACAUGCUAAUGGAUGAGGUAAUUCGUCGUGAUCCCAAUCAGGAAGAGUACGUGCAAGCCGUGCAAAACUUUGUCAAUUCCGUUGUACCUGUCUUUGAUCGUUAUCCCAAGUACGCGUGGGUUAUGAAAACGCUCAUGGAGCCAGAACGUGUAAUUCAAUUCCGUGUGCCAUGGAUUGACGAUGAGGGCAGUAGUCGUGUGAAUCGCGGCUUUCGUGUGCAGUUCUCUAGUGCUUUAGGUCCGUAUAUGGGUGGAUUACGCUUCCAUCCGGAAACUACUCACGGUAUUGCCAAGUUUUUGGGCUUUGAGACCAUUUUUCGCAAUGCACUGGCUGGUCCAUAUGGAGGUGCGCACGGUGGAUCGGACUUUAACCCGAUGGAUAAGAGCGAGUCGGAGAUUAUGCGCUUUUGCCAGUCAUACAUGACAGAAUUGGCCAACUACAUUGGUCCACACACUGAUGUACCGACGUCUGGUGUUGGCGUCGGACCACAGGAGAUUGGGUACAUGUUUGGGCAGUACAAACGUUUGCGUCAGCUCCACCCUGGAGGUACUGAAGGUAUUCUGAGUGGAGGUGCUUAUCAUUACCCACAGGUAACUGGAUAUGGUGUGGCGCAUUUUGCUAACCGUAUUCUCGAGCUGCGUGGAGAGUCCUUCAAGGGAAAGCGCUGCCUUAUCUCGGGCAGUGGGACUGUGGCUCUUAACGUGGCACAUAAACUGCUAGACCUGGGUGCUAUUCCUAUCGGAAUGAGCGACAACUUUGGCUACGUGAUUGAGGAGCAGGGAUUGACGAAGAAGAGUCUCGCAGAGCUCAUGCGUAUCAAGGAGGAGCGCAAUGCGCGUCUCGGCGCUUACAUUAUGUCAUCCACCACGGCCAACUAUCACCCGAGUGAGGAAGGUCGUCUGUGGGAAACGCCAUGUGACUACGCCUUUCCGUGCGCAAUCCAGAACGAUGUGGACGCCGAUACAGUCCGUUUGCUUGUGAAGAACGGAUGCAAGGGAAUUUUUGAAGGUGCUAACUUCCCCUGCACCGACGAAGCCGUCCGUCUUAUUAAGCAGCACGGUCUGGCUUUCGGUCCCAACAAGGCUUCCAAUGGUGCUUCCUUUGCACUUAUCACGAAAAACCUCGGAGCGUCUACGCAACUAUCCGACCACGAGCUGGACAAGAUCGUUAAAGAAUACAUGUACAAGCUGCACGACCGCGUGGCAGCUUCCGCAGAGGAAUUUAACGCCAGCGGCGAUCUCCACACGGGCGCCAACAUUACGGCUUUCAUGAGUGUGGCUUCUGCUAUGUUCCGCCAAGGUGUGGUGUAA